AUGGCAUUUAUCCAUACAUCAUCAGUUGAAUGUGCAAAAUCUGAACUGGAUCUUUUUGAAAUCCCACCCACACAAACAAGUGUAGAAAAGAGCUUUUAUGUAGAAGUUCAACCGCUGUCCGCUAUUACUGAUACCUCGCCGCUGGAGUUUUACAUUGCCGGUAGUGGUGAACAUUACCUAGACCUUAACAAUACGCUGCUUUACAUCACAUGCCGAAUCUUAAAAAAUGAUAACACAAUACCAGCUGAUGGUGCACGUGUGAGUUUAAUCAAUUAUCCUAUAGCAACAUUAUUCAAUCAGCUGGAUGUCACCUUGGGUGACAGACUCAUAUCGCAAUCUAACAACUUGUACGCCUAUCGGGCAUACAUUGAGACUAUUCUUAAUUACAGUACGGAUGCUUUAUCCACACAGUUCACAGCUGGUUUGUUUUACAAAGAUACACCGGGCCAGCAUCAUACCCGUGUUCUGGAUGGAGAUAAUGAAGGUUUCACAAAACGUGCUCGGUUGAUGGAGCGUGGAAAGACUAUUGAAUUACUAGGCAUAUUACACGGGGACAUUUUUCAACAGGAUAAAUUAUUAUUGAGUGGAUUAGAUCUGAAAAUCAAACUUACCAGAAAUAAGGAUCUUUUUUGCUUAAUGUCGUCAGAGGUUGAUCCAUUUAAGGUUCAAAUUUUAAACGCGUCUCUUUUUGUUAAAAGAGUUCAGGUAUCACCAGCAGUGCGCAUAGGGCAUGCUCAAGGACUUUUAACAAGUAAUGCAAAAUACAUUAUUGAUCGUGUUAGCAUGAAAGUUUUCAGCAUACCCGCAGGCAGUCGUGUCUGCAACCAAGAAAAUCUGUUUUUGGGACAGCUUCCUAAAUUGGUAAUAUUAGGCUUUGUUGAUAAUGAGUCAUUUUCUGGAGCUUAUAAUAGAAAUCCGUUAUGCUUUUAUCAUAACUACGUGUGUUUCGCCGCAUUGUACGUUGAUGGAAUUCAAAUCCCCAGCAAGCCUUAUCUCGCCGAGUUUGAAAAUGGUAACGCUAUUAGGGAAUAUAUGUCACUUGUACAAAUAGCCGGUAAAAAGAGCGUUGAUUCGGGUUUUUUAAUAGACAGAGAGUCAUUUCUUGGUGGUUAUACUCUAUUUGGUUUUGAUUUAACUCCGGACCAAGAAAGCAGUAGCCAUUUUUCUCUGAUUCGUAAUGGCAACCUAAGAGCUGAAAUACGUUUUUCAAGAGCUUUGGACAGGACUGUUAAUAUGAUAGUGUACGGAGUGUUUGAUAAUAUUAUUGAAGUAAACCAGAGACGUGAGGUUCUGUAUGAUUUUCUCUAA